ACGUCAGAAAUAGAACAGUCUUUAGAGAAGAAUUCUGGUUCCGGAUCGGGAAAACGACUUUGGUAUUUUUGCUCCGUCUCCUUCGCCUUGCUGGAUUAAUUGCACCGUUUUCUCCUGGGAACUUGUGGUUUUUUUGCCUCCUUUUUUGGGGAUCUGCUCGCUCUGCAAUUCCCGGCGCUUGGAGGUGCCGAUUUUGGAAACAUUGCCGGCUUCUUUCGAUUCGUUUUGAAGUCCCUCGCCCGGAUUUGGGGUGCCGUUUGGAUUAGUUACAAUAUGACCCUGGAAGAGCUGGUUGCUUGUGCCAACACGGAGAAGAAGAUGAAGUCUGUCAGUGAAGCCGUAGAGGACCUCCUGGUGGCCGCCCAGAGGCAGGGCUGCCUGACCGUUGGGGUUUACGAAUCGGCCAAACUCAUGAAUGUUGACCCAGACAGUGUGGUGCUGUGCCUGCUGGCCAUUGACGAGGAAGACGAGGACGACAUCGCCCUCCAGAUCCACUUCACCCUCAUCCAGGCCUUCUGCUGCGACAACGACAUCAACAUCUUGCGCAUCUCCGGCAUGGAGCGCCUGGCGGCCGUCUUGGGGGAGGGCCCGCAGGACAACGCCGAGCCACGAGACCUGCAUUGCAUCCUGGUGACGAAUCCACACACCGGGUCGUGGAAGAGUCAAGGCUUGGCCGAGGUGGCCAACUAUUGCGAAGAGAGCCGUUGCAAUAAUCAGUGGGUGCCCUACGUCGCUCUCCAAGCACGCUGAACUCUCCCUGGCCUGUCGCCGGGGGUUUUGUGCUGAGUUCUGUGUUUUAAAAGGCCAAAAAGAAAAAAAAAAGAAUAUUGAAGGGGAUGAUGUUCUUUUUUUAAAAAACAACAACAAAUAAUCCACAAGCCACCACCGCCUGCCCGCCCUCGUUGGAACGGAGAGUGGGUGAAUCACUGCCCUGGAAGAUGACGGAAGAGGUCGGAGGCGGGCGAUUGGCCGGGUGGAAGCUGCGUCAGGUGACUGCUGGGAAAGGAAGAGGAACAGGGGAGAGAGAGCCAUGAAAGGCAGGCAGCUUCCCAGCUGGAAUUGGCGAGCAUGUGGAGAAUGGCAGAGCCAAAGGCAAAUGACUUCUGGGCUGCAUAAACGGGGGUUGGACAUUGGAGAGCCAGGGUCGUGUGCCAGAGAAGAGGAGUGCUUGGGCCAGAACUAUUUCUCAUGGGUUAUGGGAGAGGAGUAAACGAUGUGGUGGUCUCUGUGCCACGCGGCUCUUUGCAAAGGACUCUUUAACCAUGGAAGGGAGAGAGAGAGAAAGGUGAAAAAAGAACUUUAAUAUCUGCUAGCUUAUGCAAAAAUUUAUCUAUAUAUAUAUAUCAAAUGGACUCUUUUUUAAAAAGAACUGGAGGAAUAGGAGCUGUUAUUUAUUUCAAAGAAACAUGCACAAUGUCUUUUUUUCUUUUGCACUCGAAAGCUGAUCACAGAGAAACAAAGUAAAAAUAUAUUCUUGUACCUUAUUUUAAAAAGUUGCAAUAAUGCUAAUAAAAAAAAUAUGCAUUCUGUAAGUAAAAA